AUGGCGACACCACGCCUGCCAUUUCUAUGCCCGAAUUUCUUUCGAGCGGUGCGCGCGUGCGAACCCACAACCUAUCACUCAAUUCGGGCUUCUCCCACACUUGUCUCCGGUCGGAAAGCCAAACUUCACACCGCAGCUCCCAGACGACAACAAGCCAUCCCGCAGAGAUACGGCCAGGCCGCUUCGGAGCACUUGCCUCCUCCUGAAAAGCCGUCCGAGCCAUCAACCGCGAAGGCGGAAGGGCAGGAAGCCGGCAAAAGUCGAGACUCGUCGCAGUCGCAGCCAGACAAAGAAGGCCCGAAGGAGGAGGCCGUAGGUCAAGAUGAGCCUCAAGAAUCCAACACCACGUCGGACUAUAUUGACGAGGUGUCGUUGAACCCGAAGAACCACAAAAUCAAGGCCGAGGAGCAGGGCCCAUUGGAGAACAAAGAACUCGAUAUUGUGCUCUCGAUCCCGUCACCCUCGGAUCUGAAGAAAGAAUCAUCGAGACAUCCACAUCUAGAGCCGCCUCCCUAUGAACAUCAUUUCGACACAUACGGCCUAGUUCAGGAGCUAGCUGCUAGGGACGCAUACACACUCGACCAGGCCAUCACGUUGAUGAAAGCCAUUCGGCAGAUGUUGUCCAUGAAUCUUGACAUGGCCAAGGAAAGCCUGGUGUCCAAGUCCGACAUUGAAAAUGAGUCGUACCUGUUCCGCGCGGCGUGCUCGGAGCUCAAGACGACGCUGCAAACGACUAGGCAUACAGAGACCUUGACGCAGCGUGGCCAGCGCGCACAGCUGCAGCAUGAAUUCGACAUUUUGAACCAGAAGGUCACCCAGGAUCUCAUGACACUACGCGAAGAACUCAAGGGGCUUUUCAACGACCGCAAACUGAGGCUACAAGAGGACAAGCGGGUGAUUGACGGCAAGAUCUCGGAACUCAACUAUGAAAUCACCGUGCUCCUGAACAGCGAGGCCAAGAGCGAGGUGGAAGGAUUGCGAUGGGUUUUGACUCGCCGUGCUGCCAUGGCUAUAGGGGUCUGUGCAUUGAUGAUCAUAUCCGCACUGAACUAUUCGUCCAUCAAGAUGCGAGAGAAAGAAGAAGCAGAGAAGAAGCGCAAAGCUGCGGCCAAGGCACUGGAGGAGCGCGUCGAAGCUCGCUAUACCACUGCCAGUCGGACACAGAGCACGCAGACAGAUGCGGCGCCGCCGCCGGUCGACUAUGAGGAGAGUUUGGGCUGA